AUGCAGUCCGCCAAUAACCCCAUCUCCCACCAUACCAGCCACACCAUGGGCCAAGGUGCCGCCAGUAGCAACGGCGGCGACAAUAGCUGCGGAGCGAAUUGCGUGGAUAACCAUGUUGUCCAUGCAAUUGGCGAUGGAGAUGGGGUUGUCCGAGUCUCGGGUGGAGAGACUGGAAACGAUGGAGGCCUCGUCAUGGAAGCCUCCGUAACGGAUGUUGGUGUCAGCGACUUGAACCAAACUACUACUACUACUACUACUACUACUACUACUACUACUACUACUACUACUACUACUACCUACGAUGAAUCAGACGAUGAGAGCUCCCUUGCGGACAGCUCCGGCUCCAUUAGCGAUGGACCCAGCUUUGGAGGAACUUCGAUCCGAUCCCUGGGCAGCAUGUCCAACUGGAGCAUCAUCGACACUACUCUGCGUGAGGGCGAGCAGUUCAUCUAUGGCGAUUACGACACCGAGACCAAGCUCAAGAUUGCUCGAGCGUUGGAUGCCGUCGGUGUUGAAUACAUCGAAGUGACCUCGCCUGCUGCUUCUCCUCAGUCCAAGUUGGACUGCGCGGCUAUCUGCAAGCUGGGUCUCAAGGCCAAGGUUCUUUGCCAUAUUCGAUGCAACAUGGACGAUGCCAGAAUUGCAGUUGAGACCGGUGUCGAUGGAAUCAACAUGUGCAUCGGUACUUCCACUCAGCUCAUGACGCAUUCCCACGGAAAGGAUCUCGACUGGAUCGCCGCCAAGGCGAAGGAGGUCAUCGAAUUCACCCAAGCCCACGGCAUCGAAGUCCGAUUCUCCGGCGAGGACUCUUUUCGCUCCGACUUCAGCGAGAUUCUGAAGCUCUACUCGCUCAUGGACCGUCUCGGCGCCCACCGCGUGGGAAUUGCCGACACCGUUGGCGGCGCUACUCCUCGUGAGGUUUAUGAAAAGAUCUCCACGCUCAAGCAGAUGGUCGGAUGCGACAUCGAGACUCACUUCCACAAUGACACUGGAUGUGCUGUCGCCAACGCCUACACUGCGAUUGAGGCUGGGGCCACUCAUAUUGACACCACUGUCUUGGGCAUUGGAGAGAGGAAUGGAAUUACUUCCCUUUCCAAGCUCUUUCAGUGCAUGCUUCAGAUGGGCCAUGACUCUGUUCUGGCCAAGUACAAGCUUGAGAAGAUUCCUGCUCUCGAACAGCUUGUCGCUGAAGCCGUCCGCAUCGAGAUCCCCUGGAACAACGCUUCACUUGCAGCAUAUCUCUGA